GUGUGUUGAUGGUACAACGGGGAAGAAUUGUGAAACAGAUAUUGAUGAGUGUCAAUCAGUCCCAUGUAAAUACAAUGGGACAUGUGUUGAUAUUCUUAAUGGAUUCAGAUGCUAUUGUCCCGAUGGUUUUAGUGGACCAACUUGUGACAUGUCUUCAGUUUCAUCCGGUGGUCAGGCUGUAGAAACAAUGAACAUUAUCGUUGGCCUAGUGGUUGCAGUAGUUUGUGUACUUGCCCUUUUAUUUGGUGCUAAAGUAGUGCAUACCUACUUGAAAAGGAAAAAUCGUGUGUCGUCAUCUGAGACGAAUUUGAAAGACGAGGAAGAGGUCAAAAAUAC